AACACAAGAAUACCACGGUACAACUGCCAAUGGCAGCGAGUCUUCAGAUUUAUUUUUUCCUCCCAGUCUCGUCUCCUCUCCUCAAUACAGACUGCUUCUCUUCUGAGUUUCCGAGGUUUAGUUCAUCGCCUCCCCAAAAACUGUAACGAAAUAUUUUCGUUUGCAUUUUUGUUGCCCGGAUUUCAUCAGCUAGAACCCCUAAUUUCAUUCCCCGAGGAAUCUCUGAUUGAAUCGCGGAAAUCCCUUCGGCCUUUGAUUCAACUCUUCAACGUCUGAUUCUCUUUCUUGCAUUAUUUUUCAUCUGAGCUUAUAGAUAUGGGUGACAUGAAAGACAAGGUCAAGGGCUUCAUGAAAAAAGUCAACAAUCCGUUCUCGUCCUCCUCUUCUGGUAAAUUCAAGGGCCAAGGUAGAGUCUUGGGAUCUUCCUCUUCGGGACCCACUAAUCCAAUCCUCUCCCGCCCUUCUUCGCAAGUUCCCCUUCCAAAGCCGACUCCAUCUCCGUCUGCUUCAGCCAGUUCGACUUCGAAACCUUUGCCUGAAAAAUUAUCUGAUUCCGAUCAGACUAGGUCGGAUUCAUCGAAUAAUUCGACCCCAAAUAAAAAACCGGCUGAUGGGUUUGAUCCAUUUGGUUCCUUGAUCACUUCUGGGAAGAGAUCACAAAAUGGGUAUUCAAUAAAUGUAUACGAAUGUCCCAUUUGUGGGCAAUCUUAUCGGUCUGAAGACGAGGUGUCUGCACAUGUGGAUAGCUGUGUCAAUAAAUCGGUUGAAAACAUUGGUAUUUUGGAUUUUCCCGACAAUGGGGCGGAGUCUAGGAGUGAACUGGAGAGUUGCAUUGGUGCGUUUGUUUCAGGGAAGCCCUCGCAGGGGUCGGUGGAGGUUGUACUUAAGCUAUUGAGGAAUAUAGUGAGGGAACCGGAGAAUGUGAAGUUCAGGAAAAUUCGGAUGAGUAAUCCGAAGAUAAGGGAGGCAAUUGGUGAGAUUGCGGGAGGGGUUGAGUUGUUGGAGUUUGUAGGUUUUGAGUUGAAAGAGGAGGAUGGAGAGAUGUGGGCAGUCAUGGAGGUUCCUACAGAAGACCGGAUUAAUUUAAUUAAUAGUGCCAUAACGUUACUGGAACCACAAAAGAUAGAGGAACUACAAAAGAAAGAAAAUUUGCCACCUGCGACUUCAGCUCAAGUGGAAGAACGGGUUGAGCAGAAGAGGGUUGACAGGCAGGUCCGGGUAUUCUUUUCUGUCCCUGAAAGCGUAGCAGCAAAAAUUGUGAUACCAGAUUCUUUCUUUAACCUCUCACAUGAAGAACUCAAAAGGGAAGCUGAUAUGAGGAAGAAAAAGAUUGCAGAAUCUCAGCUUUUGAUCCCAAAGUCAUAUAAGGAAAAGCAGGCAAAAGCUGCUAGGAGGCGAUACAAGAGAACUGUUAUCCGGAUUCAGUUUCCUGAUGGAGUGGUGCUCCAAGGUGUCUUUGCCCCUUGGGAGCCAACUAGCUCUCUCUACGAGUUUGUCAGCUCAGCGCUUAAGGACCCCAGCUUGGAGUUUGAUCUGUUGCAUCCUGUAGUUGUCAGACGAAGGGUGAUCCCUAAUUUUCCACUCCAAGGGGAGACAGCCUUAACACUAGAUGAGGAGGACCUGGUGCCCUCAGCUCUUAUCAAGUUCAAACCUAUUGAAACAGAUUCUGUUGUUUUCACCGGCCUCUGUAAUGACCUGCUUGAAAUUAGUGAACCACUUGGAAAUGAUUCUGCGGUUGCUCAGUAUUAACUGGGCGCGCAUAACAAUUUAGAGUCACUCCUGGUGGGUAGCUGUUCGUGUCAUCAGUUUCCCUUUCCAUGUAUUUUUUAAUCAAAACACAACACCAUUCUAUACAAGCACAUAUCAUUGAUUGUUUGUUUCUGGUUUGAAAUGUCUUCAACCAGAGCCUUUGAAUGCAUUCGUUGUCUAAAGGGUGCUGUACAAUUUAACUAAAGGUCUAUACAAAAAGAUUUGAACUUGUCAAGCUUA